GGCCAUGGCCGUGCUGCUGGCGGCGGCACAAGCGCUGCUGCUGCUGCUGGGGCUGCUGGGGCUGCCCGGGCUCUCCCAGCGCCUCUGCUCGCCCACAGCCUUCUACAGGAACUGCUGGAUCCGGCGCUUCCCUGGGCUCCGGCUGGACCUGCGGGAGUCGCGGCGCCGGGGAGCGCGGCUGCUGCGGGGCUACGCAGAACCCUCAUCCCAGCAGUGCAGCAGGAGCUGCUGCCUCCUGAGCAACGUCUCCUGCAAUCUAGCAGUGUUCUACCAUGGAGCCAUUCAUGGGAACAGGAACUGCCUGCACAUGUCUUGCCCAGCUUUGGAAAGCUGCAUUUUAAAGGCUGGAGUUGAUGUCAUUUUGUACAACAUCACAACAGGGAUUGAUCCAGAUCUUCUCAUUUUUGAGAAACUGAAAUCCCAAGAGCCAAAUGCCUACUCCUCAGCUAGUAAAUCUGAGAGGCAGCACAGCACAAAGACCCCUGAGGGGGGAAGAUGCCAACAUCACAAUGGCACCACGUCAGGUUCUCCUCUGCUCCGAGCUCCUCCUGCUGCCAUGAGCCAUGGCUUACCAGCAAGCACUCCCAGCCCCAGCUGGAGCCUGACAGUGCAGAGAACUGAAGGUGCUGCCUAUGCCAGGGCACAAACCUCCCCAGCAGCCAUUGAUCUUGCUGAGAGGACAAGCAGCAGGUCAGUCAGCACCAGCUCAGCCAAGACUGCACACUCAGCUUGGACCCCCAGGCCUGCCCAGGUGUUAUCCCACGUGCCCACCCGUCCUCACCUGAACAGCAGCAAGCAGCACCUCAAUGAAACCAAGGGCUCCAGUGGCAGGAAUUCCACAUCAGACAACGAGGCAGCUGCCUGGGAAGCUGCAGCUUUGGGGGUCUGGCUGAUUCCUGUUGUGCUUUGCUCCUCGCUCCUCUGCCUGUGCUGUUGCACUGUUGCCCUCACAGCCGGGCGCUGCAGCUACAGGAGGGGUCACUACAAACCUGUAAGGACAAGAACAGCCAUGUCCAGACAGCUCAUAAAAUAUGCUCCUGGCAGAGGUAAUCUGUGAAACACCAGCCUGACUCUGGAACAAACAGGAUUUAAAAAAUGCACCCCAUACACCAGCUUGCUUCUCUCACCGAAGCAGUGAUAACUUAGUUCAGAAUAUUUUGGUUAUGAUUUAAUUCUCAGCAGAUGAAGCACAACUCCCUGUCUCUUUAGGUAGGAAACACCCACUCACAGUUCCCCUUGUUUGAAGCAUUUUGGUUCAUAAUCUGAUGCAGAUUAAUGCCUGAAAAACACUAACACUUUCCCCCAGGUUCAGUGCAGCUGCAAUGUUGGCAUGUCUGUGUGGCAGAGAAUUAUUUAAAUGGAUGAGAA